AUGAAACUAGUCACAGUUUUAUUGCUCGUCGUCGUGGUUCUUUAUGUGGCCGAUUCAGUGAACGCCCAACGUGGUGGGCGGCCUGGUGGACCACCGGAUAGUGCUGCCAGUCCUACUCCCCGAACUACCAGACGUACUACACCUCCAACUAGACGCACUACAAGACGUACUACAAGACGUACUACAAGACGUACUACCAGGCGUACUACUAGGCGUACUACCAGGCGUACGACCAGGCGACCUACCACCAGGCGUACUACUAUAAGACCAAGAUGCGACGAUGUAUGCCCAGCUAACCAUGAUCCUGUUUGUGGCACCGUUUUUCGAAGUGGAAGGUUCAUCCAUUGUCACUUCAGCAAUCAAUGCCAACUCGAUAAUCACAGUUGCAGAAAGCAAGAAGUGUGGAUGUCGACAAGAGGUAGCUGCUCACGAAAGUCAAGCAACAGGGACUGUAGCUAAGCUGCGAAGACAGAUAUGAAUAUAGAAGAACAGUCAUGUACCAGAAGACUUAUGGAAUACAACAUUAAAUGAUAAAAAAAUAAAAGAAAAAAAUUAAAUACAAUUAAUUUAAUCAGGAAAUA